CGCCCCCCGCGGCCGCUUUUCCCGCCUCCGCCGGGGCCGAGCGGCGGUCCAGGUGACAGUUGAGGAUGGCCGGAGCCGAGGAUCCAGCUGGGCGGCAGUCAGAGCUGGAGCCAGUGGUAUCGUUGGUCGAUGUACUUGAGGAGGACGAGGAGCUGGAGAAUGAGGCUUGCGCUGUACUGGGCGGCAGCGACUCUGAGAAGUGCUCUUACUCACAGGGCUCGGUAAAGAGACAAGCACUAUAUGCCUGUAGUACCUGCACCCCAGAGGGAGAAGAACCAGCAGGAAUUUGCCUAGCUUGCAGUUAUGAAUGUCAUGGGAGUCAUAAACUAUUUGAACUAUACACAAAAAGAAAUUUUCGUUGUGAUUGUGGAAACAACAAGUUUAAAAAUUUGGAAUGCAAAUUAUUUCCUGACAAAGCAAAGAUAAAUUCAGGCAAUAAGUACAAUGACAACUUUUUUGGAUUGUAUUGCAUUUGCAAGAGACCUUAUCCUGAUCCUGAAGAUGAGAUUCCAGAUGAGAUGAUCCAGUGUGUAGUCUGUGAAGACUGGUUUCAUGGAAGGCAUCUUGGUGCCAUUCCCCCUGAGAGUGGGGAUUUCCAAGAGAUGGUGUGCCAAGCGUGCAUGAAACGCUGUUCUUUCUUGUGGGCUUACGCUGCACAAUUGGCAGUAACCAAAGUAACUGCUGAGGAUGAUGGAUUGGUGCUGAAUGUUGAUGGAAUAGGUGAUCAGGAAGUAAUCAAAUCUGAAAAUGGAACUCAUCAAGAUAGUGCCCUCAAAGAGGAUGUUCCAGAACAUGGAAAGGACGCUGUGAAGGAAGUUAAAGCCGAGCAGACUAACGAACCAUGUACCAGCUCGAGUUCUGAAUCUGAUCUCCAGAUAGCAUUUAAGAAUCAACAUCUCAGCACAGAAUCACAGUCUGGCUGCAAACUUCAGGAGCUUAAAGCUAAGCAAUUUAUAAAGAAAGACACUGCCACCUAUUGGCCGGUGAACUGGCGUAGCAAGUUAUGUACCUGUGAAGACUGUAUGAAAAUGUAUGGCGAUCUAGAUGUCCUGUUCCUGACAGAUGAACAUGACACAGUUCUGGCUUACGAAAACAAAGGCAAGGUUGACCAGGCAGCUGACAGGAGAGACCCGCUAAUGGACACCCUUAACAGCAUGAACAGAGUCCAACAAGUGGAACUUAUUUGUGAAUACAAUGACUUGAAGACCGAACUUAAAGACUAUCUCAAAAGAUUUGCUGAUGAAGGCACAGUGGUUAAGAGAGAGGACAUCCAGCAGUUCUUUGAAGAAUUUCAGUCAAAAAAGAGAAGACGAGUGGAUGGGAUGCAGUAUUAUUGCAGCUAGAGUGAGGUGUGACGCCUUCUCCUCCAGGCCAAUGACAAUGCCGCCUACUGUUCCAGGAAUAAAAGAGGCAUGUUUCACAUUUGGUCCUCUUCCGUCCUCUCUUCGGAGAGGCCUCCUCCUCCAGCCUUGAGCUUCCUUCACUCUCCUUGAUACAGUAGCCACCAUGUUUAUGCUGAUUUCACAACCAGCGUUCUUUCUGACUCACCUAAAUGCAUCUCGUUACACAGACUUCAGCCCCCACCCCAGUCUACCCAGGGUUCUUUGCUCGUAAGUUUCAAGAAGUUUGAUUUGGUUUUGACAAAGUAAACUAUUUUCUUUCCUGAUUAUCGGUUCUUUAACUCCCAAGUGUGUCUCCUCUGCAGCAGAGCUGCUGUCUCCAGGCCCCACUCUGGAGCACCUCAGAGGUUCUCUUCCAGUCAGCUGGACCCUCCAGGACCCCUCCCCCUAUGAUCGUGGUGCCUUGGGUCAAAGCUUCCUCAAGCCUGGUCUUUCCCUUGUCCCACAUCCCUGCUUUCUGAGGUUUGCUCACAGCUUAGAACUGACCUCAGAGCUUGCUUCCUCUGCGCCUAACCCCCAGAGUAGCCAGGACUGAUGGUUUUCUGGCCCAGAUGUCUGUCACAGGCAGGGAGAUUGGCUGAUGACAGGUUUGAGGAAGCCAACCUUUGUUACGCAUUUUACUAAUAAAUUUAAAGUGAAAGUUGCUUUCACAAAUCUACUGGCACUAGAAUAUUAGAAUUCCAGUGCUGUAGUGCUCACAGGGCUUCCUGGAGAAAACUUGCCAGGAUAUCUGCCCUUCUUCUGCUGCCUAGAAAACAGACCGGGUACUACCCUGUGACAUCUUGGUGGUUUACAAAGUCCUCUGGGUUUCUUUAUAUUAUCAGGGAUAUUCAUAAGCAUAUAUUAAAAACAGACCUAUUUUGAUACUGUUCUGUUAAGAAAAUGUUAUUAGAACCUCAAUAAAUUAUUAUUUUUUCCCCAUUAAAUCUGUGCUGAAGAAAAGAGAUACUGGCUUAGCUUACUUGUAGCGAGCAGGGCAGUGAGUGCCCUGUGUUGGGAGAGGCAGACUGUGUGGAAGGGAUUCCAAACAAGGCCCUAGGCUGCGCAAAUGAUGAGCUUUAUGUAUAUAAACGUUAAUGUCCACAGCUGAGUCCCUCGUGACUAUGAGGUCUUCUUUUGAAGAACCUCCUGGGAUGUUGUAUAAAACCCUGUAUUUGAGGGGAAGUCCUUUCAGUUGGUUUGAAAUCCCUUUAAAGCCCCUUAGUCUAUGUGGAAAACACCUUUUGAUGAGCAGAGAUCCCUCGGUUGCUCUCUCCCUCUGGAGGAAUGUGAUCUUUCCUGACAAUAGACAACACACUUUGAGGCGUAUAACUGUAAGUGCUUGAGGCUUUGGGGCCGCAAGUGUAUAUUAAUAUUCUUUGUGUGUCCAGCAGUCACGUAUACUAGUGCCCACUGAUCCCUGGAUGAGGUGAACUAGGCCUACAGAAAGUCACGGCCUCAGAGAAAUGGUACAACUCGUGUUUUUCUGCAUCAAACCUCCUAAUUACAGAUCCUCAUGAAGAGUGAUGUGUGGAGCCGGAAGGUCCUGGGGCCAUAGGAGGUGCCUGUGUGCCCUGAACUGGCCUUGUAGAAAAGGGUGAAAAGGCCAGGGGAGAGCUCACAGCAUCUUCGAGAUGGUUUACACCCGCAGUUUGGGAGCUCUGUUUCAGGUCUGAGGAGUUUUGAACCGCCUCUGCACGGUGGUACUGGUUGUGCAUUGUUGUGGCCUGAAAGUUUAUAUCUUCUCAAACAUUGGAUUUGAUGACCAGAAAAUUCCUCACUCAUGACAGGUCAGGACCAAGUCUUGGAGGCGAUGCAUUACUGUGCAGCACAAUAACACACGUCACUCAGUGCUGAAGGGCUUGUUUUAGGAAAGGUACUGUUCCUUUUACAUUAACCAGAAAACCUCUUUUUUUUACCUGUUGUUCACAACUAGUUUUCUUAUUGACUGUAUUGGACCGUCUCUUCUUGUAGAGACUGAUUUUGGCCAACAUGUGGCAGUUGAUAUUAAUGCAUGUUUUAUGCAAAACAAGAAUCUGAUAUUAGUUGCUUUUAAGGAAUUCUGGCAUUGUAUGUGCAUUUUUGUAGAAUUGUUACUGGACUUAUAAUUACAUACUUAACUCUAAUCAGGUUUCUGUAAAAUUUAAAUAAAACCUAUUCAAGAUGGUGGCUUUUCAGAU